AUGACAGAUCCCUUUAACUGCUGAGAAAAGAGCUGACAAUGAACAGAUUUUCAAUCCUGAACAGAUUUUCUUCAAACAGCUAAAAACCGUCAAUAUUAAACAAACCUUUGAAUAACAAAGCGGCAAUUAAAUUGAUCUGUCCAUUUAAGCGCUACAAUUCUAUAAACACACAGACAUACAAUAGGUUUCUGCUUUGCUGAUUAAUAGAUCACUGUCUAUAAGCAGCAAUAAUUAUUAUUUAUCUUAUCGAUAUAGGUUAUGACCUCAAAAUGAUGACGAUGUGUUAGUUUAGCUUCAAUACCACAAAUACAAUAAUUAUGGCUAUGUUAAAGUUUUUAUUUGUACUAAUUUUGGUUACUAAUAUACAAACGAAUGACGAAAGUGAAGAACCGAUUCUAUAUUACUAUGGUCUGGAAGAAAGUGAGCGUAGUUUGCCAACUUGCUCGGUCCAGCAAGCGUGCUCCGCACUAGUGCAACGCUACUGGCGGCGCGCUGCGCUCGUGCGGCUGUGUCGCUGCGGCCGCCGACUGCGCUGCGACGAGCCCGCGCCGCCCGAACGACGCAUCGAACUCAACAACCGCGCACAUUUACAGUUUUGCCGCUCAAUAACCGGAUGGAGGGAAUGUUCCGUCAACGAGACUCCCCUAACAGUUGAAACUGCAUACGAGCGAAUGAACCCCGACGAACUGGAGGGGCUACAUCACGAAAACGUACAACUCACGCCGCCGAAAAUCACCCUCGAAUGCCGAUGUCGCCACCCGAACUACUGGAGACUCAGCAACACAUCAGAGAAUGAUAACGUGUUAACGUAUCAGUGUACAUCUUUACCGCUGUGUAAAACCGGUGAUUUUUGUGGGAACGUUAACGAUAACCAGCUUGCUCUAUACCAAUCUUGUUUGUGUCCUAAAAACCACAUUUGUGUCCACAGUGGAGGUGUAGCACACAUACAAAUAUCGGAGUUGCUGUAUCGAGGAAAAGGCUGGAGAGCCUAUUGCCAACCUAUCAGUGACGAUUACAAUUACGAGGACUAUUAAAACUGACGGUUAUGUUAAUUUAUUUUUAAAUUUAUAUAGUGCAAAUAACGCAUUUGAUGAGCAGUGAUAGCCUAGUGGUUAAGGCAUCAGCCUCCUAUUCUGGAGGUCCGUGGCUCGAUGCCAGACACGCACCUUAACUGUUCGAAGUUAUGUGCGUUUUAACCAAUAUAGUACCAACCUUA